AUACUCAGAUCGAAAAUCCCUCCCGAACCCUUCUCCCAACUCCUCCUCUCAUGCCCUAGUUCUCGUUUAAAUCUCACAUCAGCCUUCUCCAUCCAACUCCUCCUCUCAAGCGGCAGAUCCCGUGCUGAGGUGAUCGAUCCCACCGCACCACCAGCCAUCAACCUCGCCCGAUCUCUAGCACCGGGACAUCCAACCCUUGGCACGUAUCGCCGCUGCUACCUGCAAUGGUGACUCGAGGUCGCGAUCCGCUUCUUGUGCCAACCCAAGCAGUGGUCGACCGAGCUACACGCAUCGUACUCCCGGAUUCUAUUCAGCUACUCCUGCGACUACCCGGUCGCCUCAGCUUCUCUCUUACCCAACCCGACCAAAUCCCCUCUGGUUCUAAAUAGGGGAAACAGAAAUCUCGACGAUUCCUCUACGGUUUCGUGACUGGAGUGCAUCGCCGCUCGUGGACACGUCGCGUGCGAGCAUAACACAAUGGUUGAACUCCUUGGUGCGGCACAAGUGAAGGAGAACAGGGUGUUCAAGUGCGCUUUCGCGGUGCUUGGGAUCAUGAGCAGCCUGCUUAUCUAUGGCAUCCUACAGGAGAAGAUAUGAGAAUUCCAUAUGGGAUAAACAAAGAAUAUUUUAGAUAUUCAUUGUUUCUUGUUUUCUGCAAUCGCAUUAUGAUAUCUGCAGUAUCUGCAGGAGUUUUGCUGGCAAGUAAAAAGUCACUGGAUCCAGUAGCACCCAUGUACAAGUAUUGUGCGGUAUCUAUAUCUAACAUACUAACCACAACCUGCCAAUAUGAGGCCUUGAAAUAUGUUAGUUUUCCAGUGCAGACCCUUGCAAAAUGCGUAAAAAUGAUACCUGUCAUGGCCAACUGUUCAAUCUGUUCAAAGCUCACAAAGAUCCUAGACAAAAUCCAAUUGUUUAUUCCUGUAAUAGAUUGAGAAAGACAAGCUACUUCUUCAGUAUUGUGGUAGUAAUUACUGUACUGUUUUGUCCCGUUCUCAAGCCGAUAAUAAUUUUUGAGUGUAGCUAGUAGAAGUAAACAGAUUGUUGGCUUCGAGGUCGGCUAGUUAUUUUGUGCUCUUUUGUUUUAUUUGUGAAUAUUAUU